AUGGAUAUCGUUUCCAUUGUCAGUGCGGCCCUUCGCCUCAUCAGCCUAUUGGGAGAGCUGAUGAUGUUUGCCAAUGAUUACCGGCUGUUGAUUGUCACCAAAGAGCUUGCUUAUCUCCUCAGCCAGGCGCAAGGACUACAGACACUACUUACUUCUACUUCUAAUGCCUUCGAAAACGUCUUGAGACACGUCGCCUUCUCACCCCAACAUGAGGGUGGAUACAAAGCUCUCUGUGAGCAACUUCAAAGAAGGUUCGUUGAAUUCAGACAGACAGCAAAGACAAUCAACAACGAGAUUCAGAGUGUUUGUGGCCAAAAAGGCCCCAAGACAUCGAAGGGUCGUCAUCUGAUCACAAAAGUGUAUAUCGAUAACGACAGAGUUGAGAGUCCAGAUCCCACCUUGUUUGUGACAGAUGGGGCUGACUGGCUAUCAGAGGCACAAGAGACUGAGUUCUUGAACAUUGGAAACGCUCAAGAUUUUGCCAAGUGCCUUUCAAACGUUGAAGAACCAUGGACCUUGAUCAUCGAGAACGCCGGCGAUUUGACGAAGGCAAAAGAGUAUUUCCCUUCCGGGGACAAAGGACACAUUCUGUUCACGGCUCCAUCACCCGAUCAGACAGUUGAGUCUAUUCACAUUUCAGAGAUGAAUCAUGAGCAUAACCGUGGGUUUCUUUUGUGGGAGGCAGGGUUUGUGGAGCCUUGGUGUGCCUCGGAUAUUGCAUGGUCAAAAGAUGUCAUUUUCAAACUCGGCAGCAAUAUUGGGCUUCUUACCCUGUCCCAUGUGGGUGCCACAAUCCGAAAUGGCUUUUGUGUCGCAGAAGAGUACCCGGCGCUCCUCGAAAAACAACAGAAAAUGGCAUUGAAACCAGAUCUCUCGAUGCUAGCUUUUGAGGUAGCUGUUGCACAAAUUCGACAACAAAAGACUCGGUCUUCCAAGGACGCAUUGAAGUUACUCAAGCUUUUCCCCUUUUUCAAUUCCGAAUAUAUCGCUUUGGACACCUUAACGAAAGCGAUCGUUAUACGCAAAACCUUCACUGGGGAGGGACGAAGGAGCUACUACAAGGAUCCCGGCCAUUCUGACAUAUGGGUCAGAAGCUGGAGACAUGACAACAUAUGGGAUCGAAGUCGCAGAGAAGUCAAAUCCUUCAACUCAAACUGCAUCGGAAAGAAAGGCAAAGCUCUCAAUACUCCCCAAUUCGCUUCUGAUUUUCAGAGCCCGGCGUUUCUUGACCCCUCACGAGCUUACUGGGCACUUACAGAGCUCGUCAACAUGUCUCUUGUCAUAUAUCACCCAUCGAACGAUACAUACUCGAUGAAUGGUGUAGUAAAAGGGUGGAUCGAAGACAACCUACAUCCAUCAGACCAUGAAGACUGGAGAAAUCUUGCUAGAAUGGCAGCCUCCCACCAGGUGCUCGAGCCUGAGGGCGUGGAGAAAAACCUUUCAGUUCCUGCUUCUUGA